AUUAUAGCGUUUUUCAGUGUAGUACAAUAUAGUAAUUAUACUAUGCUGCAUAUAUACAUUGUUUUAGUCAUAUAUUUCUUAAAUUCGCCGCAGUUGAUUGGUCCCUCUGGGUUUUGUUAGUCCCGUUGCUAAGAUACAGUGGACGGGACAGUCCUUGGAUAGAAGGUCGAUUUUACUAAAAGCCUUUGAGUCUGUCCUUGAAGUACGAUAAAAUGUCGGAAACCGGUGAACAAGAAGGACCGAAAAGUACAUUUAGUACCUAUGUGGCUGAAGGUGACCAGCUGUUUUACAAGGGAGAGUAUGUCAAAGCUAUCGAGAGCUUUUCUACGGCUUUAAGUUUACAGCCGGAUGAUAAGAACUGUCUGGUCGCCAGAUCCAGGUGUUAUGUGAAACUGGGCGAUGCAGAGCGCGCGCUGCAAGAUGCAGAGGAUUCCCUCAAGGACAACAAAGAGUUUUUUAAGGGUCUGUAUCAGAAGGCAGAGGCCCUGUACACUAUGGGUGAUUUUGAGUUUGCGUUGGUCUACUAUCACAGAGGCCAUAAGCUACGACCGGAGUUGCAGGAGUUUAGGCUGGGAAUCCAGAAAGCUCAAGAGGCCAUCGACAACUCAAUAGGCAGUCCAUCCUCUGUGAAGCUAAAGACUAAAGGAGACCCAUCUGUCUUUCACAAGUCUAAUGGGGUUCAUCCCAAACAUCCAAUUCAUUCUUAUAAGAAGCACCCCAGACAACAUGGCCAGAAAGUUCCCAAAAUUGAAAAAACAGCCAAGCAGCUUUUGGGAGAGCUGUACAGCGACAGGGAAUACCUAGAAAAACUUCUCCAGGAUGAGGAUCUCAUAAAAGGUAAGAUACGCACUGGAGAGAACGUACAGGAUCUGAUUGUAGGCUGUAUCUCGUAUUUGGACACGCGGACCGAGUUCUGGCAGCAGCAGAAGCCCAUCUACGCACGGCAGCGGGACAGAAGACUGAUGCAGCAGCAAUGGAAUCGUGCCUUUCACAAGUCCACCUCAGACCCCGGUUGCUAUUUCCUCACCAGACUGGAAGAAAUCGAUGCAGCCUUGAGUGCAGGCAAUGUAGAGAGCAGCCUAAAAAAGGCCGGUGAGCUCAUGAAGGAAGCGCAUAACAUGUCAGAAGAGGCCCUGCCCGAUAAAAAAGAAGUGCUGGGGAAUCUGCAUAGCUGCAUUGGCAAUGCCCUGAUGGAUAUUGGGAAAAUGGACGAGGCUCUUAUUCAUCAUAAGAAGGCCCUGGAGUUGGCCAGGCAAGGCGACCUGACAGACAGCAAAUCCCGAGCUCUGGACAACAUCGGAGGUGUGUAUGCACGCAUUGGCAAGUUUCAACAGGCCAUUGAAGUCUGGGAGGAGAGGGCUCCUCUAGCAAGAGACGGAUUCGAAAAAACCUGGUUGUUUCAUGAGAUUGGCCGCUGUUAUCUGGAGCUGAAGCGUUAUGCUGAAGCGAGAGACUAUGGUUCUCGCUCUUUCGAGGCUGCUGAUGAGAUCAGCGAUUUGAGAUUUCAGCUAAACUCGAGUUUGCUUAUGGGAAAGGCAGAAUUGGAGCUGGGUAACAAGGAUAGUGUUGUAUACUAUGAGAGGGCACUAGACCGGGCAAAAGUGCUACAGGAUGACACUGCCAUAGAAGGCAUCCAGAAGGCUCUUCACGAUGCAAGACAAAGAUUGACUCAGUAAGACGAGAAACCCGAUUGAAUAAUAGUGCUGCAAUCGAAUAAAUGCACUCCAAAGACAAGUCAGGACUAAUGCAUCAUUACUGACACACAUACACAACCAGUCUGCUUGAGGAAAAGUGCGUUGGAUUGCAGUUUGUUAUGACUGUUUUAAGGUAAACUGUGUAAUUUGUGCGACUCCAGCGGCAUCAAAGUGAAUUGCAAAAAUAAAGUAUGUCUUCAAAUAACUUUCACCUACACCCCAUCACCAUCUAUGGCCAUGACCAGAAACAUUUCAGAAAAGGAAGUGUUAUAAAAUUACUGGAUUAAACAGCAAAUAUGAUUUUGUCUCUUAACUGUGAAGAUACAUAUUCAGGUGUGUCUUUCCCAUUGUAAAUGCUUAUUCUAGUUUUAAGUUGUUUUAUUGCUUUUUUUGUCUUCAAGCAAGUAUUUAUAAUUUGGCCUUUCAUUUGACAGCUAAAGUGCAUUUGUUUGUCUGCUGUAAUAAAUCUGCAAUUGGUUGCCCGUCAGCUCCUUUCUGCUAUUCAUGUCCCAAAUUCAAAUAAUUAGUUAACUCGAAAGUGACGCAGUGAGUUCUGAGCAGCCGCUUAAAAUUGUGCUGAUUUUCACAGAGCUACGUUUAUACUUUUAUAGAAGGUAAACCCACUGAUGUCUUACUGAGAGUUGUCAUUAGUUUAAUAACAAAAUGUGUCUCACUGAAAAGUUAAUCAUUACCUUUAAGCAUAUUUAUAAUGCCUUCUGUGUGCUUAAAUGAUUUGCAUAAACCAGGAGCCAUAAAUACAUAAAUAACCUCUUACAGCUGCAGAGGUAAAUCAUGUUUGAUGUUUGUGAUGCCAUUGCCCAAUGAUGUUGCCCUGGCACUGUUUAAUGUUUUGCAAUAAACACACAUUGUGUCAACACA